UGUUGUUUAUUAUUGACGUUGGAGGCGGAAGUGUUGUGUUGAGGAGCGAAACAUCGUCACUGGUCACCAUGGGAGCCUCAGCCAUUCCUGUAAUUUUAAUGACCCUCUUUUGGGCUCUCGUGGGCAUAGUCCUGCCCAUCAUUCUUCCUAAAGGACCAAACAGAAGUUUGAUGCAGUGUAUCCUGAUUAUUACUGCGGUAUCAUGCUGGUUAUUCUGGCUGUGUUGUUAUAUGCAUCAGAUGAACCCACUAAUUGGACCGGCACUCCACAACACCACUAUCAUUGCAAUAAACGAUAUUUGGGGUAAAAAAUAAUCGCAGAAGCCAGACUGCUGUCACUGAGUGAGGAUUGAAUUUUAGUUGUAAAGGAUGCAAAGGUAAUGGGUUGUCAUAUAAUGAUAUUGCAUCAGGUCAAGCUGUAACAAAAAACAUUUUAUGGCAAUGUUCAUGAAAAUCACCUGUAAAUUAUUUGCUUUAUAAUUUUGUUGGAGGAACAAAACAAAAGUAGGUACAUUUAUUAUUACAAAAUACUUAAAUGAAUACCAUUGGAAGGUAUUACAUUUGCUUUUCCUUGAUGUUUGCCAGAAUAAGAUAUGCUAAAUGUUAUUUAAUUUUUUUAUAGCAUGUUAUGGUACUUGAAUGCACCUUUGAGCAAAUAUUAGUAAUAUUUUUUCCCGGUGUUGGAUGUUAUUACAAGGUUCAUCUAUUACAAAAAAUAUAUAGGAACUGAAUGUUUUGUAGGAUCCAGCUGCAAACAUUAGGACUAUACUAGCAUCCUUGAUAUUUUUCCCUAAGAAACAUAUAUGGCAACAAAAAAAAAUAACCUGAUAAUGCUUUUAUCAUUAAAUUCUGAAGUUGAAGACUGUACUUGGUAAGGGGCUGAUACUAAGUCACAUUGUUAAUUCUACAAAUAUUUCUAAGAGUACCUUAAUACUGGGCAGCAUAUGUUUAUAACCUAAUGUAAAAAUACCUUUUUGGGUUUUUAGCAUGUUGGCAUUGCUAUUUUGUAGAAAAGUGUCUAGAGCAGCUAUUGUUGUUAACAUUCCGGUGUCCAUGUAGAGUACUGUGAUCGAGUGAUGCCACAUAUAUUGUAUUUUAUUUUGAGUGCUACUCUAUUAAAAGUGCAAUGUAAAUUGUUCAGGGCCUAUUUUGAGAACUUAUUUAGGGAAUAAUCUACACAGUUUAAAUUUAGGGCCUCUAAUUUAUGGUCACGAAAAAAUUAAGAACAAAGUGUGUAUAUAUGUAUUAUAUAUAUUUAUUUUUAUUAUAUGAAUUGAUUGGUUAUAUAUCAAUAUAACAGGUAAUCAUAUCCUGUGAAUGUGAGUAUUCAUAAAUGUUUGAUAAUAUUUGUGACAGGAUUAUUGCUAAACAGGCCAUUAAGUCAGUGUCAUAUUAAAGCUAUCAUAAACUUA